AUGUUGCAGCCCUUCAGGUGUGGAAUUUCUGGAGGCAGUUUCCAACAAAGAGCCUUGACAAAAGUGAUGUUUAUCAACUCACUGCUUGGAUGUCCCUUAUGUCACAGUUUACACAUAAAAGUUGGAGACAAAGCCGAACUCACCAAAGCUUUUACACAGAAUGAUGUUGUUACUUUUUCUGAUUUAACAGGUGACACAAAUCCUUUGCACUUAAAUGAAGAUUUUGCAAAGAAAUCUAGGUUUGGGAGAACUAUUGUACAUGGAGUUUUGAUCAAUGGACUUAUUUCUGCAGUUCUGGGUACUAAAAUGCCCGGUCAAGGUUGUGUAUUUCUUUCUCAAGAGAUCCGAUUUCCAGCUCCCUUGUAUACUGGCGAAGAAGUCACCGCUACAGCGGAAGUGAAACGACUGAAGGGUUCCAUUGCACACAUUUCAGUGUCAUGUAACGUCAGAGAAAGUGAAAAGACUGUUAUGGAAGGGAUGGUGAAAGUCCUGGUGUCAGACAGCUAA